AUGGCUUCGGAGGAGAGAGCGCACAGUUUAUCAGACAUUCCAAUAAUACCUCCUCCUUCCACACGCUCUUCCCAAAGGUCGCGACCCAGCAGUCCAGUUAGACCCAGUGAUGCACAAUAUCGCGGCGGCCAUUUUCGGCGCGCCAAGAUCUUCGUGGGCGACGAAAUACCCACAAGUAUCAGUUAUUAUGUCGAUACAAGUAUUUUUCAUAAUUUAACCAGCUCUGGCGAUGAUCACCUGCACCAAGUUGCCGAAAGGCUCUGGAGGAAGUCCAAGGAACUUGAGAAAAAACCAUCCGGGGAAGUCGAAUGGACAGAAGCUUUAUACGCAGCCAUCAACGAUUUAAAACCUGUAGAAUUUGAGGCUGUUCGUAACCGAGGCAAGCUAGCACUUCCCCCAGUCGCUAUACACAACCCUCGCCCUACCAUUCUACGCAAACGAAGCCAGCGAGAUCAGCUUUUGCAGGAGAAUGCCGCCACUGACAGUCUUUACCCUUCCCCGGAUCCCUCACGUGCAAUCGAGCCAACUAUUCCCGUGUUCAGGCUGAAGGAUCCCCGGCCAGAUAUAUGCGUCGGCCUCUCGGACGAUAGCUUAGCAGAUUCCCUUGAGCACACAAAGGGCCGUGACAUCGCACAAAGCCUCUUGUUCGAUAUGCAAAAUACCUCUACGCUAAUUAGUGAUCCGCAUGUCACCCCUUUGGGCCUUCGUUUCCCCUUUCUGAUAGUCGAGGCAAAGGCCGGUGCAACCGGAGGGAACCUCUACCAAGCCCAGAACCAAGCUGCAGUAGGUGGCUCAACGGCCCUUCUGAUACUCAAAAGCCUUUCAGAUCUUGUGGAUAGCCAGGAUCUGAAUAGAGAAAACCAAGAUUGCGUGGAAGCCAGUACUGAAUCCGGUCAAGCUACGCCGGACAUCAAGUUAAACCUAGCCUUUUCUAUCACUACUGAAGGGCCAGUUCAUGAGUUAUGGCUUCAUUUUUGA